CCAUUUGUCUCUCAACUCGUGUGACAGUGUUCAAGCGCGAGAGGGCUUCGUCUUCUCAAUGUUAACCAAACGUCCUUGAAAUCGCUCUGAGUACAUAAACAUUAUCUACCAAAUGGGAAAAACCAAUCCUGAUGAAAAGAUUCUCAGCUACAAUGAUGUUGUACUCCGACGAUCAGACUUGGAUAUCCUCAGUGGCCCAUAUUUUCUCAAUGAUCGAAUCAUUGAGUUCUAUUUCAGUUAUCUAUCAUCGUGUUCUGAGGAGAUCCUGCUGGUUCCACCUUCAAUUGCAUUCUGUAUAAUGAAUUACCCAGUUGGUCAAGGCCUAACAGAGUUCCUAGAACCUCUUCAUUUGCCUGAGAAAAAACUGGUAAUCUUUCCCAUAAAUGACAAUGAUGAUGUGAGUGAAGCUGGAGGCGGGUCUCACUGGAGCCUACUUGCAUUUGAGAGAAACUCUAACAAAUUUUUUCAUCAUGAUAGCAAUAGAGGGAUGAAUAGUAUCCACGCCAAACGACUUUACAACGCUGUUGUUAGCUUUAUGAGUGUCUCCAGUUCCGCAACGAAGCCCGUUUAUCACGAGUGUAACUCUUCACCGCAGCAAAUGAACGGUUAUGAUUGUGGCCUGUAUGUGUUGGCCAUUGCAAGGUUUAUAUGCAGCUGGUAUGGAGAGAAAGACAAAGAUGGAGAUAAAAUGUGGUUCUCUGCUGUGCAGGGGCAGGUUACCCCAUAUGUUGUUGCCAGAAUGCGAAACGAGAUCCUCGGGCAGAUCAGAGAUCUCAUGCCCAUUAAGUGAGGUUUGCUUACAAAGUGAGAGAAUGUAAAAGGGAACAAGAGAGUUACUGAUGUUUUGGGAAGCCUGUAAACACAAAGUAGCUUAUUAGAUAGAUCUGCUUGCUUGAUAGGUUCCUUUAUUUUUUUUUGAUAUGAGAUGCUUGUAGAAUUCUUCUAGAACAUGCCCACUUCCCCUGGUUCUUGGACCAGGAACAUAAGCACACUGGCUAGUAGAAGCAUUUGAUGGCAUUCUAGAGCUUCAGAAGUUUCAUAUUUAUAAUACUUGUUCUAUGCAGGUUUUCCUAUAA